AUGGCGUCCGAUCAUGCUUACGUCACGAAUAAGUCGCUGGGGAUCAAGCGCCCAGCCAGCGACUUUGCACUAUUUAUGCAGAGUCAGAAGAAGAAGAAGAUCCAGGGAAAGUCUUCGAGCAACGCCGUCGUUCGAGCUUCGCAGCUCUGGUCAGCCAUGACAGUCAAUGAGAAGAAGCCUUGGCGAGAGAGAUUUCAGGCGAUAGUGGCUAGAACCCAGGAGACCCGGCAGCGUCUUCUGAAACCUGCAGAAGAUGAGAUCCCAGACCUGGCACCUGCAGCAGAGCAACCUGUUGAUCAGCUGCAAAAAGCUCCGCGCGAUUUGCUUUGGAAUGGCCACCGACUCAGAGCCGUGCGGUUUGUGGACGCGGGCGCAUAUGGCACCGUCUACGCCAUGUCAGACGGAUGGCAGGAAUAUGCCGCCAAAGUAUGCUCCAAUGACAGUAGAGAUGUCCUUGAGGAGGUCCGAAGAUUGGGGAAUUUGGCCCAUCCGCACGUGAUGACAAUAUAUGCACAUAUGACUUCCUCGCUGCCGGAAGUUGCCGCCGUCUUGGUGAUGCCUCUGGGAGAGUGCUCUCUUCUCAAGAUCUGUAGAGAGGCACCAGGGGAGCGCAGAGUCUGGGUCCUGCUCCACCAGAUUGCUCUGGCUUUGAUCUUUAUCCAUUCUCGCGAUGUGCUGCAUGCAGACGUGAAGCCCGGCAACAUCAUUAUUAGUGGAUCCAACGCUCUGCUUUCCGACUUCGGCCUCAGCUUGACGACGCCGUUUCGCACCGAGGGGCAGUGUGCCUACACAUCUGCGUAUCGCCCUCCUGAAUGCUGGUUGGCUCUGCGUCUGAAGGUCCUAUUGACAACCUCAGCAGAUGUUUUCGCCUUCGGCUGCGUGUGCUUCGAAGCUUUCACAGGGCAGCACCUUGUCACUCAGACUUCUCAUGUGCAGGAAAUGUUUUCGAGGCAAGUGGGCAGAAGUCAAGUCGAAAAAUGGUUUAACAACAUGUUGCAGCAAAGGCUGCAGAGUGUACGCUUCCAGGGUCAUGCUGCCUGCCGGGGCUCGCAGCUGGUGCAAGCAACCACGGCAUUUUGCCGUGCCAAGCGUGCGUCACUGUAUGAUAUGAACAGCUUGUUCGCAGAAGCCGCCGCAUGA